CCAAUCAGCAGCCUUAUAAUGAAGCUGGCUGCCCUGGCCCCACCUCCCCUGGUGACCGUUGCCUGGUAACAGUAACAUACACAGAAAGAAGAGAAGGGAGCAACAUGGCCACACACUACAGUGCAAACCAGUAUCAGAGCGCGUUCAACUCCGCCAACCUGCAGAACUGGACCGUCCCGAAACCCUACAAAGAGCGGCCCUCCACCCACGACGGCUUCACUCAGUUUGUCGCCAAUGACAGAGGUCACCUGCUUCCGGGAGUGCCCAGGACCAAGGCCAACCCAUGGGGAACAUUCAUGGGUACGUGGGACAUGCCCCUGAAGAUCCCUCCUGCUAAGCUGAGUCUAACGGCCCGCUCAGCAGACGCCUCAAAACGCCUGACCCAGUGGAUUGAGAAAUCGGACCCGCUCAUCAGCGCCUGCAAUGGGCUGAGGCUCACCGUCACCGGCAAGGUCUGUCCCAUUCCCUUUCUUUCCCUUUCACAAUUCCUAUUCUAUCUGAUAGUUUUGGAGAGAGAGUUAAGAAGAUCCUAUGACAGACAUGACACUUCUUGUCCUGGCGACACUGGCCAUCAGGACAAGACUUGA